GGAUACAAUUGGAUGAGAUAUCGGUGGCCAGGAACAGCCGCAGCAGCAGCAGCGUCCGUCCUGCUGUGUGCCGCAGUGCCCCGAGCCCAGCGGGGAGUAACUUGGCCGGGGACUGAGGCGGGGGGAGUGUGAGUGUUGCUGCAGAAAAAUGAUAGCGAAGCGUCACCAGGAGCGUGUGUGACCUGCAAGGAGCGUGAGUGUGUUUGUUUAUCAGCUCUACAUGUCGCUGUCCGGCAGUCGGUGUUAAUGUGUGUGUGUGUGUGUGUGUGUGUCCGUGUAUGAGUAAGCGUACGUGAGAGAUAGCGGGAAUGGGGGGAGAGGGAGGAGCUGCUUGGACAUGAGUAAAUGACGUCAGCUCCCAGGUCGCCGAGCACAGAAACAAACAUGGCGACAGAAUGGAGUGGACAGCAGGGUUACAUUCUCACCGUGGUUAUCUGUCUGUGGAGCGGCCGGACAGAGUCGGUGGCAGCCGCUGGGCCCGGUGUCAGCGGUGGAAGGGGAGGCGGCGGCGGAGGCGGUGGGAGUCAGGUGCUCGGCAUGAGGCUGGAGAGGAGCAACAAGCCGGCCAGCACCACUGACGAGGGUGUCAUCCAGGUGACCGAGGAGAGCUCCGUGCAGCUCCGGUUUUACGGGGUCCAGCUUCACUCGGGCGCCUGGACUCAGAUCCAGUUCACAGAGGUCAAGAAGGAGGAGGAGGAGGAGAAGGGGGCGGUGGUGGCGGCGGCCCGGGGCGGCAGCGGCAUGAUGGACGCGCUCGAUAAAACUUGUGCGGAUUUCACGCAGGACAUCACCGUCGGGAACUUCAUGAACGUGAGCAGCCGGGGCACGUCGGGACUGCUCAACGUGCACAUUAAGCCGCUGCGCAAAAGCGACCAGAAGAAAGAAUACGCUCUGUGCACGUUGAGCACGGACGGCAGGUGGGUGCAGCUGGGGGACAGCGAUGGCCGGAUGCUGGUGGUGGAGGAGAAGAAGUCGCUGCUACCCAUGUGGCUGCAGGUCAUCAUGAUCUCGUGCCUGCUGGUCCUCUCGGGCAUGUUCAGCGGGUUGAACCUGGGGCUCAUGGCGCUGGACCCCAUGGAGCUGCGGAUCGUUCAGAGCUGCGGCACCGACAAGGAGAAGAAAUAUGCGAGGAAAAUCGAACCGAUCCGCAGCAAAGGCAACUAUCUCCUAUGCUCGCUUCUCCUGGGUAACGUCUUGGUGAACACCACCCUCACCAUCCUCCUCGAUGACCUCAUCGGGUCAGGUCUGGGCGCCGUGGUCGCCUCUACAAUUGGCAUUGUCAUAUUUGGGGAGAUCGUCCCCCAGGCGCUGUGCUCCCGUCACGGGUUGGCUGUGGGAGCCAACACGAUCCUGCUCACAAAGUUCUUCAUGUUCCUUACCUUUCCUCUGUCCUUUCCCGUCAGCAAGCUGCUGGAUUUCCUGCUGGGACAGGAGAUCGGCACUGUGUACAACAGAGAGAAGUUGGUGGAGAUGCUUAAAGUGACAGAGCCUUAUAAUGACCUGGUCAAAGAGGAGCUUAACAUGAUCCAGGGAGCCCUGGAGCUCAGGACCAAAACUGUGGAGGAUGUGAUGACUCCCUUAGCCAACUGCUUUAUGAUCCAGGCAGAUGCUGUGCUGGACUUCAACACUAUGUCAGAGAUCAUGGAGAGCGGAUACACGCGCAUACCCGUGUAUGAUGAGGAGCGGUCCAACAUCGUGGACAUCCUGUAUGUGAAGGACUUGGCCUUCGUGGACCCGGAUGACUGCACAAACCUAAAGACCAUCACCAAGUUCUAUAACCAUCCUGUGCACUUUGUGUUUCAUGACACAAAGCUGGAUGCCAUGCUGGAGGAGUUCAAGAAAGGUAAAUCUCAUUUGGCCAUCGUCCAGAAGGUGAACAAUGAGGGGGAGGGAGAUCCUUUCUAUGAGGUGCUGGGAUUGGUCACCUUAGAGGAUGUUAUCGAGGAGAUCAUCAAGUCAGAGAUCCUGGAUGAAUCUGACCUCUACACUGACAACAGGAACAGGAAGAAGGUGGACCCCAACAAAAACAAACGCGACUUCUCAGCGUUCAAGCAAGAAGGGGACAGUAAGGUGAAGAUCUCUCCUCAGCUCCUACUGGCAGCUCAUCGUUUCCUGGCCACAGAGGUGAGCCUGUUCAGCCCAUUCCAGAUCACAGAGAAAGUCCUACUGAGGAUCCUCAAACAUCCGGAUGUCAUCCAGGAACUAAAGUUUAAUGAAAAUGAUAAACGAUCGCCACAGCACUUCCUCUAUCAGAGAGGCAAACCUGUCGACUACUUUGUUCUCAUUCUGCAGGGACGGGUGGAGGUUGAAGCCGGAAAUGAGAACAUGAAGUUUGAAACUGGCCCGUUCUCCUACUAUGGAGUCAUGGCUCUAAGCACACCAACAAUGGCUGUCACCCCUCCUCUUUCCCCGUCAGUGGCCUCCCCCCCUCCACGACGCCUCUCUCUUAAGAGAUUUUCUCUGUUCUCUCGUUUCCCAGAGUUCCGUUCUCCAUCACAUGGGGGCAACCUCAACCGCUCGGCAUCUCUGAGCUGCACCGAACGGGCUCCAGAGAGUGGCUCCGUCUGUGGAAGCAACACUCAGAUCCCAGGCACACCCUUCCAGUACAUACCAGAUUUCUGUGUUCGAGCGCUUUCAGAUCUUCAGUUUGUCAAGAUCACUCGUCCUCAGUACCAGAAUGGCCUGCUGGCAUCGAGGCUGGACAGCACACCACAGUCUCCAGAGGGCAGUCACACACGCCUAGAUACGUCGGUUUCUUUGCCCCCUUUAACGCCACCAGGGCCACACACCCCACUGCCACUGGCCACACCUCCUGUGAAGCGCCCUGCAUCCAAUUCUCAGCCAACACCUCUGAGUGACCGUACCACACUGCCCCAAACCACCUCUUCUUCCUCCAGCAGAAGGCCAAGCCAUUCUUUGCCCCAGGCCACUCCAUCUCCAAGCAACCACGCCCCUAUCUCCCAAACUCCUCCUUCCUCCAUGAGCACCGUCCUGUGUGCCCAAAACCCCAAUCUAACUCUGAGCUCCACCCUUUCCUCCAAGUCUCCGCUAUCUCCGCCCUCUGUCAGCCCAGAGAACGGGCCAGGAGAGACUACUUCUCUGCUCAGUGACCAGCAGAACUGCAUGGGCCCCCACCGGCCCAGCCAUCCUCACCCACAUGUUCACACAAUCAGUCACGCACAUACUGAAAGCACCAUCUAACUCAAAUCCCUCUGGGAUUACCAAAACUACCUGUGCACUCACUAUCUCACAUUACAUACCACACGGGCACUAAUUCUGGUUCCUGUUUGCUUGCUGUCACCUGACCCUUCCUUUUGACAAGAAGCUGAGGAGCUCAACAGUCUGUGAGACCAACAGACUUCCUCCUCUGUACCUUCCUGCAUGUUUCCCUACCAACACUGAAAAAAGACCAAGGUGAGAAUACAAAGAGAGAAAAAGGAACCCUAAUGAAUAUUGUAUUCUUUACAUGUUAAAAUAGUAUAGCAGAGGAAAAAAGAGCAAACAAAGCAAGACAGAAGGAAAACAAAGCAAUAAUAAUUAUAAAUAAAUUACAUGUUCAUAAAGGAGUAGGAAGAAGCAUAAACUUAUUUAAUCCCACUCACUUUACAAUAUUUAGUAAUUAAUAGUCUACACUUUUUUCUGUUUAUGCCCUGUCCAUCAGAAAUUCUUCAUUACAAUUACUUUACAUGUUAAAUGUAUUUUUUAAAUUAUACAUCUAUAUAUGUAUAAGUAUAUAUAUUAGUAUAGUAUAUAUAUAUUUCUUUUAAUUAUAUAUAUUUUUUAUUUACACAGGGUUGCGUCUGUACAUCUUUUGAAGAUUACUUCCCUUAAGUUGUAUCUGUUAUGCAUAUAGUUGUGGGUUUUCCCUCUCUCCAGGUUUUUGACAUUUUUGCUCUCACAUUAUUAUAAUAGGGUAAAAGGAAUUGGGCCCAGGCAAUAAAUACAAUUUUAUUUUUGCUCAUAAUUUUGGAUUCUAGCAGUUAUGGAAGCAGAACAACAAAAAUGAGCACUACAUGUGUUUUGAAAGAAAAUACUACAAAAUCUCUUCAAAUAGAACUAAAACUUUGGCUGUUAACGUCAUCACAUUAAUAGAACAGACAUCCCUACUUUAAUCCUUAUCCCUACUAUGCAGUUUAACAUAAGACGUUUUUGCUGUUGUUUUAUUUCAGCUGCAUGGACGUUUGAGUUUAUCUUUAUCAAGACUGACAUUUCCAAAAGUACUAGAGUUAAUAGUUGAGGUUUAUUCCAUUAGUGAUCAUUUAUUCAGUUUCUUGUUAAUGACAGCCUUCUUGACUUGUUUUUUGAAACUGAGGCUGAUUCUAAGAAGUCAUUGUUGUGACAGAUGAACACUUUUAUUUUUCUUAUUUCAAAAGAACCAGAUUCACUGUAUUGAACCGCUUCUUCAGUAUAAGUUGACACAUACUGAAAAACUGGUGGUGAUGCAUGUUGUAACCUGUUUUAAACCAAAUAGACACAUUCUAUUAUUAUUAUUAUGUCUGAUCUUUUGGGGAAAAAAGGCUGGACUUUUCCUUAUUUCAGGAAGCCAAUGGUUUUGAAAAAGUCUUUAUGUCAGGUAAAUCAAUCAGCACAAUGGCGAAAAUUACUUAUGUAUUUAUUUUAUAAAACAAACAAAAAAAAACCCCCCGUGGCUUCCUGAAAAAAAGCUCAAAAAUUGUAGCUUCAAAUUUGUUAAUUGGUAAUAAAAAUCACGAAUUAAGGUGUAAUUAAGGUGCUAAAACACUGGUACAGUCCUUUAAUGCAGUGUCACUAGAUCUGUGAAGGUGGGUGUCGGUUUGUGCCUACCUCCUUUAAAAUUUAUUUAAUUUCCAGGAGCAAUAUUAAAAUAUUUAUUUUGAAUAAUAUCAAUCUAUGAGUAUUUGACAUUUAAUUUGUUAUUUAUUUGACUUUUAUUUAUUUUUUGCUUACUUUUACUUUUGACAAGUUAGAGGACAGGCAGGACAGAUAAUAUUUAUCUUGACUGUCUUCCACUUCCAGUACAUAUCCCUCGCUGUGAAUAUAGCGUCCAUCCAAAAGAGGCUGAAAGAACUGGACAUCAACUGUUUGCAACACUUUGUGUUCACUGAUAUGUCUGAUCUCUUUGUUAUAAAUUCUCUACUAAAGCUAAGUUUGAUGCUGCUUAAACCUCAACAACAUUGAGAUGAGGAUUUAAAUAUUCCAGAGCAACCAAAGUCUGUGCUAGCUUCGAAUGAUCUUAAAUAGGACUAUAGUUAAUUAGAAAUAUUGGUGCAAUUUUUAGAAUUAAACAUUACAUAAGUAGGUUAAAAUCUGUUAGCUUUGCAAAAGACUGGAAACUGACUACCUCUAAACAUCUCUGAAGCCUUUGGAAUAAAACAAAAACAGACUAACUGGAAUCUACAGUGUAUUUUCCUUUAAAACUGUAGUAUGUUUAUUUGGUUGGUUAACAUUGUUUAGUUUUUAGCACCUUUAGCAUUUAGGUCUUAUAAAAACACAAAAAGGCAGAUUUCCAUUGUGAUUUUUUUGGUAAUGUUUUCAAAUGUAAGUCUAUUUUCACCCGACUACACACUGCACUGUAAUCAAGUACAUUUGAGAUGUAGUACAAAGUACAGUUGUACAGUCAGACACGGUGUAGAUCAGUUGUAAUCUCGAGGUGCUGAAACACAGUCUCAAACUAGUGCUGCCCCCACUUCGCUGCUCUAGAAAAUUGUUGAGUUGCCAGUAAGCACAAGGUUAAUAAGCGAUGGGCAAAAGUCGGCUUAUGACUUGAUCUUAGAAUGUAGCUUGUUUGAAUUUAAUGGACAACAAACUUCACGGUGAUUCACACCAGUAGUUUUAACCUUUCCCUUAAAAAUCCUCUCUGUCCUUGUUCAGUAUUCUAGACCAGAGAUACAUUCAUAUCCUUGAUACAAUGUGAACUACAUUUUAAAGUGUAUUUGUAAAUAGUACUGUUCAGCCCAUGUUAAGAAGAAUGAUUAUUUUCCGCUAGAUGAGGAGAAGGGUGAGGGUUAAGUACAAUGUUAAAGCUGCUAGCAUGUAAUCUAUCUUUUUUCCCAUCUGUCUAAAAGACAGUUGAACUGACUUUAACGAUAACAUAAGAGAGACUAUUUUUUUGAAGAUCUAGUGAAAGAUAUUUAUUUGAAAAAAUACCGACGUAUAAGCUAGUUUUACAAAAAUGCAUAUGAGUUACGUAGCAUAAAACUCUACACAGAUUCACUGUGAGUCAGUUGUUUUGGGAUUGAAUUAAUGUUUUUAUUCCUCAAUCUUGCUUUGAAGUGGAUUCCAUUGUAGUUUAGACCAUAUUCUUAGGGCUGUAAGGGUACACAAAACUCACUGUUGGUCACAAGUGCAAACGAAUACUUUGUUUAAUUUAUACUUAAAACUAAUAAGUGUUUAACUCACACAAUUUCCAAAACCAAGGAAGUCUUAUCAUGAAAUGAACUUUGUAUACCCUUACACCCAUAUUGUCAUUAUUUCAGUUUUGUACCUCAAUGAUGCAUAUUGUAAAACUGAUUUUUUAUGGGCUCAAAAUGU